AUGGGCUGUUUUGCAAGCAAAAAGCCGGACCCAGCAAAGAACGAUCAGGAAGAAAGACUACCUGAAGAUGACGAAGAGACGAACCAGCUCAUCGAAGCGAUCGCUCAAAGAAUCGUGGGCAUUCGCACAAAAGCGGAGGACUACAGCGCGCAGCUGCAAGUCCAAGUCGCGGAAAUCGAAAACUCGAAGCUGGGGAUUCUGGAAGAGCAGCCUGUCAGAGUCAACGGCGUGGUCACGGUCGGUUACGAGCCAGAGAGCUCCACUCCAGAAGUUCCUUUGCUCGAAGCGAGAGAAGGGCAGGAAGUAGAAAUCUUGGUCCGUGAGAUGGGAGGCUGGGCGUACUGUCGGCGCGUUGGCGACAAGACGCCGGGCUGGUUGCCAGCGGAUCGAAUAGCGGAGUUGGCUCAGCUGAUCGCAGAUCAUGAAGUGGGUGAUGCAGAAGGACUGUUGAACCUCAAGCUUGGCGAUGUAGUGGAGGUCGUCAGUCGGCAUUACAGUGGCUGGGCACAGUGCCGUUUGUGGACUGGCCCGCAGCUUCCUGGAUCAACAAACGACAGGCAGAUUGGUUGGGUAACCGACGCCUACCUGCAAGACAACCGCUCGGAAGCGAUGCUUGCGUCCAAAUGGCAUCGGCUCGUUCUGCAAGCUUUGGAGGAGGUGGUGGCGUACGCUGUGCAGCUGGAAACAUACCUUGCACAGGCAAUGGGAAAGAGUAGCUGCGAAGCACUGGGCAGCGAUUGUUGCAACCUUGUCCAAGCGAAGGAGCAAGGGACGAAAGCACCCACUAGACACUAG